GGAAGAGCAAAGAGAAUCAUCUCAGAGGUGGCAGCCUUCUCCUGGAUCCAAAGCUGCUAUGUUGGUAAAGGUCAGCAGCAUUGGCAGAAGCCAGACAAGAGGAAACAGCGGAGCUGCUUCCCUUCAUCUUCCUCAGAGUAAAACCAGUGACCAUAGUGCCUGCACACUGGAUACUGGCAGUGUCAAAUCUGUUUCAGGCUACAUGCUGUCACCACAGGCUUACAAAACCACACCAGGAGGGAAAAAAGCAUCAGACACGAGGCAGGCCCACCACUUGAGGAAGGUGAGCAAUGGCAGCUUCUGCCUGGUGACCUCUGGGGACUCGACAGCAUCUCUCCAGCCUCAGACUAGUUCAUCUAGGCCAGUAUCUCCUCAGUAUGGAGCAACCGCUUGCCUCUACGAUGAUCCAUCAUUUGAUUACCCCAUUUACGACGAACCUCCAGUAGAUAUGGAGGUUGAAGGUGCUCACCUACAUAACGGCCCUUCUAGACACAGUCUCCAGAAGGUCAAACUUCUCCAGCACCCGGGUCAAUCUCACACCAGCUCCAGACACAAGAGAAACCCAUCAGACUAUAGUCCAGCAGGCUUGGAUUGUAUCAAGCACAUGGUGAAUGUAGACCCCAAACAAGAGCUUCUUUCCACCUCACCAGUCCCCUCUUCCAGCCCCUCUCCGACCUCAGCUCCUGAAUCUCUGCUUCUCCCAACAAGGGGGCUUCAGAAGGAGCCCGCCAGCCUGGAGAAGAUGCAGUCAUGGAGGAUCCUAGAAGCAAGUGUUCUCAGAAACAUGGAAGUUCACCACAGCCGGCAGGGCAGCCAUGGAUCUCAGGACUAUUCAACACCACCACCUCCCCCCAUUAGCUACCAAGACUCAGGUUAUUCAACUGGCCCAUCUCCCAGUCUGCGGAGGAAAAGCAGGAGGAGGAUAGGUGCCGGGGCCCAGGGCCGACCCGGGUCUGUGGGCAGCACUGGGGAACUCACAGCCCUGAACGAGCGUCUGAUAGAAGAGAUGAGGGAGGUUGUUAGUCGCUCAAAUACCAUGAGGGAGACCAAAGCUAGUCUGGACUCUGAGAUGCCGGGGAGUUCUUUCUCCCAACGCACACACAGUGUGGGACAGUGCUCCUCCAGAGAGGACAUUGCAUCUUGUAGCAGGUCACUAAGCAUAACAAGUAACCAUCACAGUAUGGCCUUCAUACCUCUGGAGAUUCCGGGACGACAGAAGAGGACUUAUGAAAAGGUGGACACACUUGAAAAGAGUUUAACUUUGUCCUCACCUGAGAUUGCCGGACCCCCUUCACAGGCGGGAGCUCUGGAACCAACGGUUCAGUUGGAUUGUAGAAAGAAAGGUAUGGUAGAUGGCAGAACAGGCUCACUCGGCCCUCAUCGCCAUGUAGCCAGCGAUACCAAUUUGCAGGCAAGUGGUGGUAGGGCUUACCAGAUUUCCUACGCCACCCUCCGUCAACCCCCACCCCCAGAUGCCAACAUGGCUGAUUGGGCCAGCAAGCACCUGAACAUGCACACCCAGGGCCUGUUCCGCCGCCGAGUUUCCAUCGCCAACAUGUUGUCCUGGAACCGAGGCUCCAUCAAGAAGCCCAUGCUGAUGACCAACGACCGUACUGUGCGCAAAGAAGCCUGCGAGGUUUUUAAGCUCGUCCAGGCGUACAUGGGAGACAGACCCUCACGGCUGGACCGGCGCCAUGCAGCACUCCUCGUUGUCACUAAGUGCUGGGGCAUGCAGGGACUGAGGGACGAGCUCUACGUCCAGCUCGUGAGGCAGACCACAGGCAACACCAGCCCACGCAGCCUGGCAGCAGGCUGGGAGCUCAUGGCUGUGUGCCUUGCCUUUUUUGCUCCUUCACCCAAGUUCUGCUGCUAUCUGGAAGGCUACAUUCAGCGACACAUGGAGCCAGCCAGUGACAAGAAAAUAACCCAGUACAUUUUGGACCAGCAGGAUAUUAAGAAGAAGAACUCUAAGUCAAGGAAGAAGAGGAAACAGAACUCAGAGGAGGAAACAGAAGCUCUUCCCGUCAGCACAUAUGCCAAGUACUGCUACCGGAAGCUCCAGAAAGUGGCAGUCACUGGAGGGAAAAAAGGUCUUCGUAAGCCUAGUUUGGAGGAAGUGGACCACAGCCGGCGUGCCAUCAUAACCCCUUCACUGUUCGGCAGCUCUCUAGAGGAAGUGAUGGAGCGGCAGAGUGAACUCUUCCCAGACAGGAAGUUGCCGUGGGUGCAAGUGCAGCUGUCUCAGUAUGUGCUAGCUCUGGGUGGAGCACAGACUGAGGGCAUAUUCAGGGUUCCUGGUGACAUUGAUGAAGUCAAUGCACUGAAGCUUCAGGUGGACCAAUGGAGGAUUCCUGAAAAUCUGUCAGACCCCAAUGUUCCUGCCUCUCUGAUGAAGCUGUGGUACCGUGAGCUGGAGGAGCCUCUCAUUCCCAUGAACUUCUACAAGCAGUGUGUCAGUAACUACGAUGAUCCUGCGGCAGCCAUCAGGGUGGUGCAGUCGCUGCCUGAGCUCAACCGACUGGUGCUGUGCUACUUCAUCCACUUCCUACAGGUUUUUGCUCAGCCUGCAAAUGUUGCAGUAACUAAAAUGGAUGUGAACAACCUUGCUAUGGUAAUGGCUCCUAACUGCCUUCGGUGCCAGUCAGACGACCCCCGUGUCAUAUUUGAGAACACCCGCAAAGAGAUGUCUUUCUUACGAAUGCUCAUUGUACAUCUGGACACAGGGUUCAUAGAGGGCAUUGUUUAAAGUUCUUCUUACUUCUUAUUAGCAGAACACGAAUCAGUGAUACACAACCAACCUGCUCACAAACACAGUCACAAAAAUGGCAUUGUGGGCAAAAUCUAAACUAAAGUAGACUUUUAAAGAUAAAUGAUGUGUGUUUCUUUUGUUAGUUAGGUAUGUUCUGUCCACUUUGUUGAUAUAAAGACUGUUGAAGUUGAAAUUAAUUAAUGGUAACAUGGCAGAAAUUUCAUGCCUUUAUCCCAUGUUCUUUGCAUGUUCAAGAAAUGCAUGUAAAAAAAAAUCUAAUCUUCAUGUUAAUGGUUUACGUACAUUAAUGUGCAUUGCAAGGGUCAAAAUUAAAAGUAACUUGCAUGGAUGCAUUGCAUUGUGAGCACUCAAAUGCUGUUUGCUUGUUUUGUACAGUAAGUCAGUGACAGGCAGAAAGAAACCACUUUAUGAUGUUUGUUAUCUGGCAGUAUCUUUGUGUAUUUGUGUUUUUUUUUUUUUUUAAGAUCAUGUGUUAUGUACAGGACACAUGAAUGAGCGUUAUAUUUGUUCUUAGUUUGAUCUGAAAGCUUUAACUAUUUAAAAGAGAAAAAUAGGUUUUAUUAGAUAGGGUGUGAUUUUUUUUUUCUUACUCUUUUUAAAGAACAUUAUUUUGAUAAGUGAAAGUUUUCUAUUUUAUUUUAUGAUUUGAUGUUUUAUGUGUACUGUUUUGUAAAAACUAUUAUUAUUCCCGAUAGUCAGGAAUUUUAUUCAUGUUAAAUUUUCCAGAGUCUUGAAAUGGUACAUUUUCAGCUCCCAUCUCCCGCAGCCUCGUACAUACCAUUUAGGUAGACUACUUUUGUGUGAGUUUAUAAAUUAAUUAAAUAUAUUAGGUGAUAAUGGAAUGGAACUAAAUGCCAUUAUAUGAUGACUGUAAAAUAGCAUUUGAAGAAUUAAAAUCUUGAAAAAGAGUAAAUAAGAUCUAUGACUUCUCUAAAAAGAAAUAAUUUUGUGUAAUCAUGUUCUUUUUGAGUCUUUGUGUGUAAAUAAAGCUUUGUAAAUAGUGCUGCUUGACGUUACGUAUAAAUGUAUGUGAGUGGUGGUGAGUUGGUGGCAAAUAGAUGAAGAAAAUAUAAACACUUUAUUUAGUAUUUUAUGCAAUCGGCUGAUUGUGAUUGAGCAAAAUAUUCUGUACAACCAUUGGAUUGUGUUUGUAUUUUUUUGUGAAAUGGAUGUUGAGGAAUAUAAUAAAGUUUCAUAAAGAUAUGUUACAU